GACAUUUAACCGGUCUAUAUUUUAAACCUUGUCACUAGCACUGGGCUGAGAACGUUCCACAUCUGCUACCUAAAGACUCCUGAGGUUAUAAACAACACAAUGGACUGGAAGCUGGUGCUGACUCUUUUGUGUCUGACUGCAGUGACCAACACCUCUACAACCAACACCUCUACAACCAACACCUCUACAACCAACACUUCUACAACCACCAGUGCACCUACAACCAUCUCUACAAAAAACACAACUUUAGCAAAUACAACUUCAACUACCACAACUACUGCAAAGACAACUUCAGCAAACACAACUUCAGCAAACUCAAUCCCAACCACGUCCACAAAUGACUCAACCACAAACACAUCUCCAGUAGCUGCAGUGUACAGCUUGGUCUUUAGCAUCAACGAACCCUUUGAUUCAGCACUGGCCGAUAAGAACUCUCUAACGUUUGCACAAAAAUCUGGAUCCAUCCGUAACCAGCUUGAAGCAUUUUACAGAGCAAUCUUCCCAAACUUUAUCAGGGCAAACAUUCUUGGUUUCAGCAAUGGUUCAAUUGUGACAAAUUCCAGCCUUGAAUUUAGUGACAACGGCACCAUCCCAACUGAUUCUACAAUAACCUCCACCCUCGUUAAUGCAACUACCAACUCAAGCUUGAAAAUUGUUCCAAAUUCUAUAAGUGUCAGCCUGGUUAUUGUAAGCAAAAACACCUCUACAACCACCAACUCUACAACCACUAACUCUACAACCAACAACUCUACAACCAACAACUCUACAACCAACAACUCUACAACCACCAGCACACCUACAACCACCAGCACACCUACAACCACCAGCACACCUACAACCAUCUCUACAACAAUCAUACCUCCAACACCACAAAAUCCAACUGCUUUCAAUUUGGCCUUCAGCAUAACUGAAACCUUUGAUCUGGCACUGGCCAAUACCAGCUCCUCACAGUUUGCAAAAAAAUCUACAUAUAUCUGUAAUCAGGUUGAACCAUUGUUCAAGAAAGCAUUUAAAAACUUCAUUCUCAUGCAAAUUAUGAAGUUUAGGAAUGGUUCUACUAUUACAGAAAGUAACCUUUAUAUGGAUUCUAGUGGCCCAGAUGUUACUCUAACCCAAGUGAAAGACGUCUUUCUCAGUGGACUCACAGACUUGAACUUUUCGGUUAAUCCAGCCUCCAUCAUGGUCAAACAGAUUGGUAAUUCAGUUGCACCAGUGAUUGCCAGCUCAGUCUCCAUGAUGUGGAUGUCUCUUCUAACACUUCUACUUUCAUUGGCCGUCUAGCUCUAGAACUGAUUACAAUAAAUGAAUAGAGUGCAUUUUUAUUUAACAAUCUGACAUAUUCUACUGAAGGAAAUAAAAACAGACUGUUUUUUUUACAGUGCAAACAAUAAUAUAAAAGUUUGCUUUAUUGAGAAAUAUUUAAGAUAAAUGGAAUAUGAUAGAAUACGUUUCAAUCUUGAAAUGUAUAUAGAAUAAGAAAUACAAAUAGGUCUAAUUGCUUAAACUGGGGAUUUAAUGAAGGGGAUUUAGCUGAAAAUUUCUCAACAUAUGAACACAGUCUUUACAAUGAUUUUUGUCUUUCAUUUAUUACAUUUAUUGCAACAUUCUUAAAAAAAAAAACGUGUAGUUAACAGUAUAUGUAUAUAAUUGUUAUACACUCAUAUGUAAACCUACAUAUAACUUCUGUAAUUCAAUGUACAAAUGUUAUAAAUAUCAUAUCAAAUAAAGCUUGACAUUUGGCUUCACAGAACCAACAUACA